AUGAAAAGAUCAGCACAGUAUCUGGAGACCUCAUCCAAGAGAAGAGCACUUCAGCCAGUGUCAUCUAACCAGCUAGCUACACCUCCCACGACGCCAGAAAAGAAGUCGGUGAUUGACUUGGGACUGCAAUUGUCGAAACAGGGGGUCAGAAAACUCGACUUCUCCGAUUCUGUGUAUGCUAAAGCAAAAGGAGUUUUCCAGAGAGGUGCUCGAGAUGAGACAAGAGACUGCCUAGUGGGCAGAGAAGAGGAGGCACACAAGUUCUCUAGUUUUCUCAAAACUAGUAUUGUGGAGAACAAGUGCAAUUCGUUGUACAUCUCGGGCCCCCCAGGAACUGGCAAAACCGCUCAGGUGAACUUAUCGCUCGACAGACUCACCGGGGGCUCUCAAAAACACGUAUACGACUUGUACUCGAGAAAAGUGCAGGUGAUGCGAGUCAAUUGCAUGACGGUAGGCAGGGCCGAGAAUGUGUUUCACGAAAUCUACUGCCACGUCACGGGCCAGAACCACGGGCACAGAAAAACCUUUGACGAUGUCUACGAGUACUUGACCAGCGGUUGUAACGUCGACGCUCUAGUGGUCAUGCUCGAUGAGAUGGACUACUUGAUCACAAAGGAUCAGCAGGUGUUAUUCCAGCUCUUUCAGUGUGCAUCGACCCUCAAAAGCCUGGUGUUUCUGACAAAGUUGGUGCUCGUGGGCAUCUCCAACGCCUUGGAUCUCACAGAUAAGUUCCUUCCUCGCCUCCGGUCUAACGGCUAUACGCCUGAAUCGUUGCAGUUUUUGCCAUACACGGGCGAACAGGUGAGACAGGUGAUCAUCAGCAAACUCCGUUCUCUAGUAGAUAAGGAGAACGCCGACUCAAUGAGUGAAAUCCCCAUCAUGCAUCCUGUGGCCAUCCAACUUUGCUGCAAGAAAUGUGUCGCCGUCACUGGUGACUUAAGAAAGGCAUUCGAUAUCUGCUACAAGAGCAUUGAGUUGGUAGAAAGGCAAACAAAGCAGCAAACGGCCGUGGACAAAUUGACGUUUGCCAAUGCUCCAAAAGUGCUCAUCAACCACGUUGCCCAAGUAUGUGCCGCCACGUUUGGUGACACAUCGCAAAGUAAAAUCAAGUCUCUCAACUUGCUCCAAAAAGCUGUGCUCUGCUGUCUUUUCAACCACGACAGAAGCUCCUCCUCCACUUUGACGGUCAACAAGCUCUUCGACUUCUACACGAAACACACGGCACAGGUGGCCGAUAUGAUGUUGGGGACACUCAGAAAGGGAGAAUUUUUGGAGAUCAUAUCAGCUAUGGAAGCAUCGUCGGUGAUUGUGCUUGCCUCCACUUCGAGAACGUGUACUGGGUUGGUUGACGUGGGCAGCAAGAGUGUGCGCCCCAACGUUUCCUAUGACGACAUCAGCAGAGCCAUCCAGGACGUAGGUGUUCUUCGAAGACUAUUUAAUCAUUCAAGCAUAUAG